CACAUCCAUCCGCACCAUGUACACCACUAGAACGGGUCAGGGGGGUGGCAAGGCCACGGUGGUGGACCUGCGCAGUGACACCGUGACCAAGCCCUGCGCCGAGAUGAGGAGAGCCAUGGCCGAGGCGGAGGUUGGGGACGACGUCUACGGCGAAGAUCCCACGGUGAACGAGAUCCAGCGCCGCGCCGCACAACUGUUUGGAACGCAGGACGCCCUUUUCCUGUCCACCGGCACAAUGGGCAACUUGAUUUCCGUGAUGAGUCAGUGUCGGGGGAGAGGGGCCGAGGUCCUGCUGGGAGAAGAAUCGCACAUGAAUGUCUAUGAGCAGGGGAGCACCGCGCAGGUGGCCGGGGUGUUCGCUCGCUCGGUGAGGACAUUAGAAGACGGGCGUCUGGACUUGCAGGACCUGGAAAGUAAAAUCCAGCGCGGGUACCCGGACGUCCACUUCGCACAGACGCGACUCAUCUGCCUGGAGAACAGCCACAACCGCAUGGGGGGGCGCGUCCUCCCGCUGUCCUAUAUGAAAGAGGUGCGGGACCUGGCUGACCGCUACGGGCUGAAGGUGCACCUGGAUGGGGCGCGGCUGAUGAACGCGGCGGUGUCGCUGGGGGUGGAGCCGGCCGAGAUUGUGAGAUUCUGCGACUCCGUGUCACUCUGCCUCUCCAAGGUACAAUGCGACCAUAUACACCAGAGGAGGAUUGCCCCGCCCCUCGCACGCUAUUGGCUGCUCACUCUGCCACUCAGUUGUAUGUUCUAUGAUGACCCCCGAGGACCCGUCCACACCAGUGGGAGUGCAGAGUGGUGUGCGUUGUUACCGCAGGGCGGAGACGCCAUGUUCCUUGUCAGCACCUAUGCAUGCAACACACCUGAAUGUUACAAGCUGGAUCACCAAAAUGCCAAAACAUUUGCCAGAGCGGUGCAGGAAUUGGGCUCCCCGGUGUGUCUGGCGGACCCCGCCGUCGUGGAUAGUAACAUAGUGUUGCUCUCACUCCUGGGCCGGGUGACAGUAGAGGAGCUGUGUGAAGAGCUGAGUGCGGUGACCGCGGAGGAGCAGGAGAAUGGAGGCGGCGUGGUGGUGAGAGCUCUGGCCAUGUCUCCUCGCCAAGUGCGCCUGGUCUGGCACCGCGACGUCUCGGCACAGGACACCCAGCGGGCACUAGAGAAGCUGAAAUCCGUGCUCGGGAGGUACAGCAGUGACGCUGCAAAAUAA